AUGAAGCAGCCGGUGGAGCUUGAUAUGCCGAGCUUAAAAAUUGGCCCGAAAAUUCAUUUUGAUCAGCUUUAUCAACAAUAUGGCCGGAAUAAAGCCUCAAAUCCGGCACAUAUUUUCUAUAGGGCGUGUUGCGCUUUAGUAUCCGGCAUAAGCUUCUUGAGGAUUAUUGGGCGUGGGGUCCACGUGCUUGGCCGGCAGCCGAAACUCGUGCAUCAUCCACUCAGUCUUAGUGCCUUUUCCGGCGCUUCCACGAUAGUAAACGAGAGACUUCUUGAGGCCUAUGCAGUGGCGGCCCGAAUGUAUGGGCCGGUCUAUGCCAGUCGCCUUCCAGAAGCCCGAGCCCGUUACUCUAUUGGGCCUCACACUUUGUCACUGUUGACUUGUCUUAUUCUGAUUGCUGCCCGCACAGGAUAG